AUGACUGCUUCCAAUGGUAACGCCGCCCGCCGCGGCCUCCCCGUCGGCAUCUACGCCCCCACCAUGACCUUCUUCAACCCUGAGACGGAAGAUAUCGAUAUCCCUACCAUAAAGAAGCACGCUGAGCGUCUGGCCAAGGCCGGUCUCGCCGGUUUGGUUGUUAUGGGCUCCAACGGCGAGGCUGUCCACUGCACACGAGAGGAGAAGGUUGCCGUCACAAAGGCCACCCGUGAGGCUCUCGACGCCGCCGGCUUCCAGAACGUCCCCGUCCUGAUCGGUGCCACCGAGAGCAGUGUUCGCGGCACUAUUGAGCUCUCCAAGGCCUGUGCUGAGGCUGGUGCCGAGGCCUCCCUCAUCCUCCCCCCUUCAUACUACCGCGCCCAGGUCGACGAGACCACCAUCUACGACUACUUCGUCGCCGUCGCCGACCAGAGCCCUAUCCCUCUCGUCCUCUACAACUACCCUGGCGCCGUCUCCGGCAUCGACAUGGACAGCGACCUCCUCAUCAAGCUCGCCCAGCACCCCAACAUUAUCGGCACCAAGUUCACGUGCGGUAACACUGGCAAGCUCACCCGUGUCGCACUGGCUACCGACGCCAAGACCCCCUGGUCUGAGGGCUCUGGCUACAUGGCCUUUGGUGGCAUGUGCGACUUCACUGCCCAGACCCUUGCCAGCGGCGGCAGCGGCAUCAUUGCCGGCGGUGCCAACGUCAUGCCCAAGGUCUGUGUCAAGGUAUGGAACCUAUACGCCGAGGGUAAGCGUGACGAGGCCAUUGAGCUCCAGAAGAAGCUUUCCCGCGGCGACUGGUUUCUGACCAAGGCUGCCAUUGCCGGUACCAAGGGCGCCAUCCACAGCUACUUUGGCUACGGUGGAUACCCCAGACGUCCUCUCAGACGCCUCGAGCAGGCUAGGACUACCUCCAUUGAGGAGGGCAUCCGUGAGGUCAUGGAGAUUGAGAAGUCCCUUUAA